UAGAGGAAAAUUCGCGAUGAGUAAUAGGAGUAAACAAGGUCAUUGUUUGCUUGGUCAAGUAGGCUGGGUUAUAUAAAAGGAAAAUGCAGUAGAAAUUAUGAACCAUUCAGAUUUAUACGAGCAACGUAGAAGGUUACAUAGAAGACAACAAGAGUUUAAUAAGAUGAAGCUCGAUGGUGGACCGAUCUUUAUGACUCCACGAUAUAUAAUGGAGACAUUUGACAAUGAUCCUUGGUUUGAUCGACGCCCAUUUGUUACGGAAAGCCGAAAUGGGCACCAUAGCCAUUGGCCACGCAGUGACGAGGAUGUGUUUAGCAGACACAGGAGAAUAUUCGGUGAUAUUGGAAAUGGAUUUACUGGACAUAAUUUAUCCUCGCACAUAGAUCAUAUGGAUUCUAAUCCUAGAGUGCGUACAAUUCCUAUUCAAGUUAUAAGUGAACCACGACGAGAAUUCGCCGAAAUCCAGAGACAGCCACCGCGAUUUGUGGAUGUAGAUUACUGUUCCGAUGAAAGUGAUUAUGACGAUUUGAUGAUUGUGGGAGAAAAUAACAAUAAUAAUGGAAUGCAAAAUUUGCGCAACAAAGGUCGUCCCACGAAAAGACGACCCGCGGCAACUCAGGUGAGAACUUCACAGAAUCGAGGCGGACACUCAACCCGCGAGGGAAGGGUGGACGGUCACUCGGAUCGUGCUCGACCUACGGAUAAGUUCAGUUUUCCACCCGUUUUGGAAAUCGAUGAUUCGUUAACGGAAUGUUUUAGAUCUCCCACAGAAAGCUCUCGGACUGAAAGCUCUAGGAAAGAUUCCGAUCGACCCUCGACCUCUGAAUCCGUCAAGACAACAGAUAUUAAGUCAACUCCUGGCUACCCGCUCUACGCAUAUCUCAAAUCAAGAUUGGAUUUUGAUAAUCUGCAGAUCGAUUAUAUCCAAGGUGAUGGCAACUGUUUUUUCCGUGCUUUGAGUAAAGACAUUUACGGUCAAGAAAGUUUUCACUCAGAAGUGCGUCAAGCUGUGGUCGAUGUUAUUGAAAAAUAUCCCAAAGAAUUUGAACAAUAUCUUGAUAGCGGGGCUUCCUUACGUGAACAUAUUAACGAGAUGAGACUUCCGUCAACAUGGAGUACUACCAUGGAGAUCUACGCCGCAGCAACGUUGCUACAGAGAGACAUAUUUGUAUUGUCUCCGGAUCACACGGGGGACUCUUACAACUGGUUGCUGUUUCAACCUAGAUUUUCCUAUGAUAGUGGAAUGUCGUAUCAUCCAUGUUUCAUUGCUUUAUGUCAUACGAAUGGUAAUCAUUAUGAUCGUAUAGCAGCGAAAAACAAAGACUGUAACUGUGAUCAACGUCCCCCAAGGCUUAGGGGUGUCAAUGCUUAUGUGGAUUUGACAAAUGCAGAGUUGUCAGUUUGCUGAAAACGUACUUUACUUGCCAUAUGAAGCGCUUAUUAAUUUAUUUAUAUUUCGGUUCUUGUGAAUUCCAUGUGAACAAACAAUUAUAAAAUGAAUGUGUGUUCUCUAUGUCAUCAUUAGGAUGUGGACGGAUGUGUGUAUAUUUAAUUAUUUAUAUUUAGUUUCGUGAGUUGUAUAUGAACAAACGAUUAUAAUAUGAAUGUGUGUAGACGGAUGUGUGUAUGUUUGAAAGGACGUGUAUGUAUCCUUAUAAUGGGGAAGUAUGAUUCAAAACGGAAUGUCAGAUGUAUAUAUUUAAAUACAGUUGAAAAGCUUUAUAUAAUAGCACACAUAAUAAAGUAAUGCAUACAUAUGUGAUCUUCUAAUUUCAAAUAUUUGUAGUUUUUAUCUUUUAUUUCAAAUCAUUUUGAAAGGUGCUCUCCUUUAUUUCUCUUUUAGGUUUCAAUUAUUAUUUCUUGGGAAAUAAUAAAUGCACCCUAAAAGAGACAAACCUCUUUGAUUUAGGUGGAAAUAAUGUGUUAUACUUUAUAAGUAUACGUUAUCCCAUGUGUUAUGUCGGUUAGUGAUGGACAUAGGGAAAAUGUCGAAUGAUGAAAAAAAAAAAAGAA